CUGUAGCUGUGUAAUGGCAAAGAAAUCUGUAAACAAUGGUUAUCAACUUGUGUUUUUUUACAUUUUCACAGGUCCAGCUCUCUUUCUCUUUUGGCUAACAAAGCAUGUGGUGGAUUCAGGCCAGUUGUCAGCUCCCAUGGUGGUUACAGGAGCAAACGGAGCAUCUGUGGCUGUCUCUUGUCAGUACGUGCUUCAGUUUAAAGAAUACCCAAAGUACUGGUGCAAAGGAGCAUUCUAUGAGCUGUGUCGCAUAGUGGUGAGAACCCCAGGGGAGGAACAUAGUGACAGAAGCUCCAUUGCAGAUGAUAAGGAUGCAGGAGUCUUCACUGUGACUAUGUCUUCUCUCAAAGAAAGCGAUCAGGGUAUGUACUGGUGUGUCAUUGCCAGACAUGGAAAGAACGUCUACACUGGUGUCAGUCUCCGCGUCUCCCACACAGUAAUGACCACAACCGCCACUCCAUUACUGACACUGGAACAAGAGGAAAUAAGUUGGUGGGCAACUCUGCGUUGGAUCCUCUUUAUUUUAAUGUUGAGUUGUUUGGCAUCAACACACUUGGCUGCGUGGAGGAUGUCUAGGAUUUAAAGUCAUGAGUGAAUUAUAAACUUAUUCAUAUACUGAGGCUGCAAAACAAUUCUUCCAGUGGACAUGUGUGUCCAGUGUGACAUUCCAGUGUGUUAAUUAAACUAAGAAAUAAACUAAGUGAAAAAGUGGCUGUCUGCCUCUUUUUUCUCGCUAUAUAAAUGAUUAAAACCUGAUUAAUUUUGGUGCCAGAGCAUAAAAUAACUUUGGGCCCAACUUUUGAAUAUCCAAUCAUUUUAAAAGAUUAGCACCUCUGGAGAAAUUAUGCUCUUGGCUUUCAUCUAAUUUGGUUGCAGAUGUUGUAUGGACCGUCACAGAGGUUGACUUUUUACAUUUAACCACAAGUUUCUAGGCAUUUUAUAAAAAUCUGAAAGUAAUUCUGGAAAAAAACACCUUCACGUAUAAAAACACAAAAUGUGGACAAAAGUUGAAUGGUGGUGAUUUCCUGCUCAAUUUCUUUGUUAAUCUUAGAAAGGAUUACAGAGGUAGAUAAGGUUUCUUUAGAUAGGAUUAUGGGAUACCUACAGCUGCCAUGGUGUUUUUCUGUUUAUGCAAACUGGGAUUCGUGGUUGCAAUCGGUCACAGCCCGGCCCUCAAACUGGGACCAAAAUGGGAGGCAUAAAGGUAUAAAAACUAACAAAGUAAUUAAUUUACUACAAAAUAACCAAAAGAAGUCCAACAAAUAGAUUGCAAGAAACUGUAAUGUCAGUAGGGUAAAGAGAGGAUGAGCAAAAAUGUGUUGCAUGGAAUGUUGUGAUGU